AACAUUACUAAGCCAGAUGGAUUCUUCAGUCGUCUGCAAGAGGACAACAACCAGCAGAAGACCUGUUCUGCUGCACAAUGACAACCACAACAAUAACGCGUCAGAUUGAGCUCAGAUGAUUUCAGCUGAUUGUGAUCAUGAGAGCUGAUGGAACAAGACAAAUAGCACAGUCGCAACUUCAUAUUGUGAGACUUAAACAGUAUCUUUGAUUUUAACUGAAGGGUAUUCUUUUAUUAAGGCUUCACUUUGGUUAGUGAGGUACUCAAGGACAUUUCAAUGAUCAAAAACUUGUACAUUGCAAAGUGUCAACCAUGUCGAGAGCAUCUAAAGCUGUCCCAAGGCCCAGAUCUGGCAUCCCUAAACCAAAGCCAAUCAUAAAUGCUGUGCAAAAAAGGCGAUCAGCACCUCCUGAUGGUUUUGUCAAUCAUCUCGAGGCUGUAUUCCAGCAACAGAAAGAUGACGAUAAAUACUUGACUAAAAGAGUGAUUCUGCAUGCACGAAAAACUGGUCAACUCAAUCUGUCUGGCAAAGGCCUUUCAUCAGUACCGAAACGAGUAUGGAGCCUAGAGGAAGCAGAGGAAGAGAUCAAACGAAUUGAUCAAACUUUUCUGAAAAGUGAACUUGAUGAACAGACUGAUGAAGAUGAAGGUGAUGUGAGAUGGUGGGAAAGGAAGGCUCUGACAGUAUUGGAUCUCAGCAGUAAUCGUAUUACAGAAAUACCCCUUGAUAUCAAAAAGCUGGAAUACUUGACAUCUCUUGAUCUACAUGAUAACAGUAUUGAUGCACUUCCUGAGGAAAUUGGUACUCUAGGACGACUAGAAAAACUGGACAUUAGUCAUAACCAAUUAAAGAAGUUGCCUAAAAGUUUCUAUGACUUGGGAGAGCUUCGUACACUGUCCUUGGCUCAUAACAAGAUUCAAGAUAUAUCUGAGGAUUUAGGCAAUCUUUACCGCUUGGAAACACUUGACCUUUCACAUAAUGAUAUGGCCACUUUACCUCUCGGUAUGGGGUUCCUUACUGCGCUCAUAAAGUUUGAUGUGUCUCAUAACCACCUUUCUGAGGUGCCACCUGAAUUAUCUGGUCUAAUGGGUCUGACCCAGUUGAUAUUAAGCCACAAUGAACUGACAAACGUUCCACCUCUAGGAGAACUGCGUAAAUUGCAAUUACUUCAUCUGCAGGAUAAUCGACUUGAGGCAGUGCCUGAUGUGACUACCUGUUCAGCUUUGCGAGAGCUAAGUCUCUCAGCUAACCAGAUUAAAGAAAUACCAGGAGACGUCCUGCAGCACAUUAGCCAUCUUCGCGUUUUUAAUUUGAGAGAAAAUAAAAUUGAGGAAAUUCCCGAGGAGAUAAGCCACCUGCAAAGCCUAGUGAGAUUGGAUCUCGCAAACAACAAUAUUGAAGAUGUCCCGUCAUGUGUUGGAUUCUUACCUCAGCUUCAAAUUCUCUCACUAGAAGGAAAUCCCUUGAAAAAAAUACGGCAAGACAUGUUACACUGUGGCUCGGCCCGCCUCCUUAGAAUGUUGCGUGGACAGAGCGAUCCAAAUCAAAUGUCUCCUCGCGCCAAGAUUAACCUCCCUCGUUCGGAGAAACCACUGCUUCCUGACAAGUAUCGCAUGAGGGGAAGUCGUGCAAUGAGCUUGGGCAUGCAGGGCUUGCAGGAGGUCCCAGAUAGCCUGUUCGACGACGCCGUGGAGGCCGAGGUGGAGUCCGUCGACCUGUGCAAGAACCUGCUGACGUCGGUCCCCGUGAGACUGCCACUCCUCGCGGCGACCCUCACGGAGCUCAACUUGAGCGACAACCGGCUGUCCUGCAUUCCGGAGGGCGUGCUGGGUGCGUGCAAGAAGCUGCACUACAUCGACCUGCAGCAAAAUGCGCUGUGCGCCCUCCCCGACGACCUGGCCGAGCUCACUCAUUUGCGGGAGAUCAACUUCGCAUACAACAAGUUCUCCGAGCUGCCCCGUGUCCUGGGGAGCAUGCCCGGCCUGGAGAUCAUCAACGCGCGCGACAACAAGGUGUCGGUGAUCGACGCGCUGCUGCUGGCCACGGUGCCGCGCCUCGCCGUGCUGGACCUGGCCAACAACGACAUCAACCAGGUGCCGCCCGAGCUGGGGCUGCUGUCCGGGCUGCGCUCGCUCAGCCUGGAGGGCAACACGUUCCGCAUCCCCCGGCACGAGGUGCUCGCCAAGGGCACGGCCUGCGUGCUCAGCUACCUCCGGGACCGCAUCCCCGCCGAGACGCUGACGGCCAUGCGCGCGCAGAUGGCGAAGGCCGCGGGCGUGCCGUCGCCCGAGCUGGGCGCGGACCCGCCCCGGCAGAACAGCUACACUUCGCAAAUAGUGUUUGGGUAGCCAGGCGGGGCGGCCCACCCUCCGACAGGACAGGGGUCCCGCACGAGGGACCGGACACCACACAUGAGUGUUUAACGAGACACCGGUCACCGUGCACAACGAGCACACGCAGUGUCUGCCUCCCGUGGUCGGAGGGGGUGGCGUCGACGCCCGCGAGUUUGCAGUGCAGUCGCCGAGGCCACCCCCGCCCCACAGCACAUCACGCAGGGUGCCACGGGGAGCCGUCCGCUGCUCCACGUCACGUACCUGGUCGACGCCCACCUACGCUACGCACUUUGUACCUGCUGCUGCGACUUUAUGAGCCCUUUUACUCAGGAAAUGUUUUGCUCUGUUAUGGCGUGGUUACAAUUGGUAUUCUGUGUGAUACCGUUGCGCAUUGUAGCCACGCGCCCGUUUACCUAAUUCGUACACAUUUCGUAGGUAUAUUAGCAUGUGAUUAUUCCUCUAGUCUUUGGGUCUCUUCUAAUGCGUUCGUCAAGCGGAAAGUAAGUUGCCUUGCUGCACAUUGAGCGACACAGGCACGAAUGUUGACUAGGGUUGCAUAUUCUAGGAGAUCUUGCAAUUGCCCUUUGUGAAUUUCUUUCCUGCCAACCAAUCCUAUUCUUUGAUUUCAAAACGAAAAACAGAUCAACUUUUAAAUUGUGUAUUAUUUGCAAAGUACGCAAUGAUAUUAUUUCGUACCUGAAUGAACUUGUACUGCAAAUGCCGAUGGCGCAAGGAGCCUUCUCUAUUUUUAGAUAUCCUUUUACUUCGUCUUACUCCUUUGGGGCGUUUUCCCGGCGUUUGUCUGUUUGAAGGGAAAUGUAUUGUUAAUCCUCAGCGUGCGAAGCAGUGAACGUGCUCCAGUGAAAGUUACUAGUAAACAACGCCGGGGCCGGGAGCGUCCCUUAACGCCUAAUUUGCAUUUGCGGUGCAGCCGGUGCCAAGUGUACUUUAGCACAUCCACAUAGAAAAGACAGGCCCUCGCGAGGGAAGAUAUAUACAAUAUGGCGUUACCAAUGUAUUCAGCCAGGUUACUUUUACCAAACACUUUUCUAUAUUUUUUAAAAAUUAACUUUAAUUUUUGGAUUGAUAUUACGUUUUAUAGGGCUGGGUGCAGGUGCACUAGCAACUAGAAUCGGGGUGUGGUAUUAUGCCCCAAGCUUCAUAGGGAAGGGUUGCUUUUUUUGCUUCUUGUUAUUUUUUGUGAUGUUUCCAUUUUAUUAGUUACCAACACUAGUACAAAUACCUUUAUUAUUGUUUUUUUUUCUUUUUUUGCAUCCCUGCGUACCAUUUAUUAUUAUAAUUUUAGCAAUAAGGAAAUUCAAAGUGUGGUGCUAGUGUUCAGUAUUCAGUGUGAUAAUGAAUGGUGUGAUCUAGUUAGAAAAGAAAACAAAUCAGUGUUUGUGUGCAGUUUGCUUUAUAUGGGUGAGGAGACCAAGAGAUAGAUGCCAGAAUGUGGCUAUGACUUGUUUGUAAUUGUUAUAUGAUAUUGUAUAUUUAGAUUCAAUGGCAGUUUACUCAUGCUGUUGUGAGGUUAUUAAAUGUGGAGACAGUUUUCUACAAAAUAUCUUCCUCUAAAAACAAAUUUCUCUAAAAGUUUUCCUCUGGUCCCUCUCCUUUUCUCUAAUUAAGCUUUUUGGGAUUUCACCUGUACUGCUUGGUGUCUUAUGUGUUUAGUCAAUUUCUAUUACCUAAACUAGUCAGAAGCAUAUCUUAAACAAUGUGUAUCUUUUUCAAUACCAUUUUAUCUUAUGUGAAUACGCAUGCUUGCUAGUCCUUACUCAAGUACCUCUUCAAUGUGGGCACGGUUGUGGGUUUUUUGCCUUUUUACUCUUUAGACAAAUAGUAAUAUACUCGUUUUUAUUGAAAAACAACAAAAGUGUGUAUCUUAUUUCAGUUAAUAGUGUUGUUUUGUCUGUUUUGAACCACUAUGACUGGAAAAAUAAUGUCUCUGUCACAAAACGGCGUUUUUGUCGAAAUACAACGUUAAAAGACAUUA